AUGGGAUUCCGCCUACAACUAGGAGUUGGAGACAGGGUUGCACUGAGGGGGUGGCGGGUGAUCUUCAAUUCUGGCCAAAAUCUACCUCCAAUCCUCGGUCGUGGUUUCGGAUUGAGCGCAUCUCCUCAUAAAGACUACGAAAAUGGACCUCAAGCAGACUCUGAAAGUAAGUUUCUGGAUGCCUUCUGGAUCCUCCUUGAUCUUGUGUCUGGCAAUCCGACCACUCCCCCAACAAAGAAGCUCGCAAAGCAUGAUAUUGCAGCGAAAACUUUGCCGAGUUGUACUUUCGACGUGAUUUUCGGAGUAUACAUUUCUCAAUCUCAUGUAUUGCUUGCCGAAAGGAUGCCUCAGCUCGCACGUUCCAGAGGCGCUUGA